AUGUCCGGCACUCGCCCUCUACUCUCAAAUCGCGCGUCCUCGGACAUCAGCGGAGAUCGCGACAUUGCAGAAGAAGAUGCCUUGCUCACAGGCCAGCGAAUAGCACGUACGGAGAAAGAAGGGUCGCGAUCAUGGAAAUUCUGGAGGGAGAUUGGUCUUUUUGUCUGGGCAGUUAUCGCAACAGCUGCCGUUAUCGUGCUCGCCGUCAUCUUUCAAAGGACAGGUUCCGACUCCAAGACUUCGCAUGCGAGUGGGAAGAAGAACCUAAUCUUCAUGGUUUCUGAUGGCAUGGGACCUACCUCCCUGUCACUCACAAGAUCGUUCAUGCAAUACAAGAAUGGUGCACCCUUCAAUGAGCAACUCGUUAUCGACCAGCACCUCAUCGGACAGUCGCGGACUCGGUCUGCCUCCUCUCUUAUUACCGAUUCCGCGGCGGGCGCGACGGCAUUCUCAUGUGCGCAGAAGAGCUACAACGGUGCGAUCUCCGUAACACCCGAUCACGAGCCCUGCGGAACGGUGCUGGAAGCGGCGAAGAAAGCAGGAUACAUGACGGGUCUUGUGGUUACCACGAGGAUCACGGAUGCGACGCCGGCCUGCUUUGCAGCUCAUGUCAAUAUGCGAUCAGAAGAAGACCGUAUCGCAGAACAAAUGGUUGGAGACUACCCACUUGGACGUGUCGUCGAUCUGAUGUUCGGAGGCGGACGAUGCCACUUCCUGCCCAACUCGACUGUCGACUCAAGCUGUCGCGCGGAUGACAGGGACAUUGUGGAUCUGGCGAAACAGAACGGAUUCAACUACAUCUCUGACCGCGCAGGCUUUGACAACUUGAAGGGAGGUGCUAGUCUCGACUUGCCAAUGCUGGGACUCUUCGCCGAAACGGAUAUCCCGUACGAAAUCGACCGCCGCAACGAGAACGACGUUUAUCCGAGUUUACACGAGAUGGCCGAGGCUGCCAUGAGGGCGCUCAGUGAUGCGACAAGGGAUAGCGACAAAGGCUUCUUUCUCAUGAUUGAGGGAUCCAGGAUUGAUCACGCAGGCCACCACAACGACCCUGCCGCUCAAGUACACGAGGUCCUCGCAUACGACAGGGCCUUUACGAGUGUGCUGGAUUUCAUCAAGAACGAGGAAACCCAGACCGUCAUGGUCUCGACAUCAGACCACGAGACUGGUGGUCUGGCUGCUGCUCGUCAGCUCCACGCAUCCUACCCCGAAUAUCUUUGGUACCCCUCUCCCCUCGCAAACGCGUCCCACUCUGCCGAGCGUCUCGCCCUUGAAUACACAAAGCACCUCCUCACCUCCCCGUCCGCCGACGAGAAGGCUGACUUUGUACGCGAAUCCAUCACAUCUGGUCUCGGCAUCUACGACUACACAGAAAAGGAAGUCUCAGACCUUGUCGCUGAUCCCAUCACUGCUUUGUACCAAUACGCAGAUAUGGUUUCCCGGCGUUCGCAGACUGGCUGGUCGACUCACGGUCACAGCGGUGCAGACGUCAACAUUUACUCCUCUGAUCCCAAGGCCGCUAUGGCACUUGUGGGUAAUCACGAGAACACUGAAGUCGGUGACUUCUUGAGGGACUAUUUGGGUGUCGAUGUUGAAUCGGUUACCAAAGAGCUCAGGGAGAAGGGUACUGGGUUGACUGUACUCGGUGUGAAUGGCACAGAGGUCAGCUGGAUGGGCAAAGUGCCCGAGGAGGGGCAAAGAUUGGAUGGUCAGACGCAUUUGGCAAGUUAUGGAGGCGACUUCAAGAAGAGAGGUGACAGUGGUGUUGUUCAUGGAGAGGCGUGUGGGUGUGGACAUUGA